AUGUCGUCUUCCAGCCCAAACUCCAACCACACUAUUCUCUAUCCCCGGCAAGUGGAACUAUCAGAUAGAAGUCUCCUCGCGACAGCCUCAUACGGAGGUGACAAGACUCCAUACUUCCCCAUAUUUCGAAGUGCAGAUGGGGGUGCUACAUGGUCCUGGAUCUCCAACCUGACUGACCAACAGGAUUCUAGGUUUUUCAACACUACUGUCGGCGUGUUUUACUCCGAUCAGCGUGACCCGCUGCAUGGGCAAAAGCUUACCCACCAGGAAUCGACAGACUUAAAAUCUUGGGGUCCCGUGGUAGAUGAUGUUGCAUAUCUCAACUAUACUGCCCGUCCUGGAAUAACUAUCAUUUCCUAUAUCCCCCCUCUGAAGAAAUGGAUCCUGGUGCACGAAUUCCCAGGGGGAGAUAGCUGGUCUGGGGCAGGCUAUCCGGUCUACUAUCCAAUGUCUGAGAGCCCAUUUGAUUUCCGAUUCGCCUACGGCAUACCCAUCAUGGUUGAUGGGGUACAGCCAAACGCGUCUCCUUAUGUGGUGUGGUCCUCGGUCGGCGGUGCCAAUGGAGCCAUCAUUGUCAGCGACGCUGAUCACAGCAGUGUCUUCACCAAUCGAGCCGGUGGCCAACCUGAUCAGUGGGAAAUUCACGCCACAUCUCAACCGGAGUCAUACAGCCGGAGCUUACACGUCUUUGCAAAGUAUCCGGAUCAUUUGAUGAUCCUGGGUGCAGGCGUCUUUAGUGGAACAGAGAAUCUGCCGCUUUAUCUCAGUGUGGUGAGCAUAACAGAUACCCUGGGGCAGGCAGCUGGAAAAUAG